AUGAAGGGAAAUCUUUUGAAGUCUUAUUCCGUUUCAUUUACAAUUCAAAUCACUUGUCCUCGUCAUGAAUUUGUUGAAAGGCUCCGUACGACGACAAACGUUUACAUUUUCGCAUUGGCAAUCAGUGAUUUGCUGUCCGCCAUCUUUGAGAUGCCCCUGGCCGUCGGAGUACUUAUCUCAGGCAGAUGGCCUUUUGGCGAAGCCCUUUGCCAAGUGCACGCUUUUUUCAGCCUGUUUGUUGUGUACAUUUCGCCAGUAACCAUGAGUUUUACAGCAGCAAACAGAUAUGUGAGAAUGUGCAAGUCAGAGCAACAGUAUAAAAGGUUCUUCUCGAAAUGGAAAUCACGCAUAACGCUUGCCUGUGCAUGGGCUUUUGUAACCGGCUACAUUUGGAUCACGCAUCUUGCAGGUGUACAGGAUUAUUACUUCGACCCUGGAUAUGCAGCGUGUUUAAACGAGCAUUUAAACAACUCCGCGAGGAUUAUCCAUUACUUUGUCGUAAUUGGACUCUUCUUUGUCCUUCCAUUUGCCAUAACGAUAUUCAGCUACAGGAAAGUCUUGAAGAAGAUUCAGGAACACAAUACGGUAUCGGUGGGUGCUCCUCAACGCCAAGACGGAGAUACCACGGUGUCCAGGCACGAGAUUCGUAUAAGCAGAUCUUUGUUUGCUUUGGUUUUUGCCUUCAUGUUGUGCUGGAUACCCUCGUGGAUCAUCACCACCCUAACAAGCUUCAACGUCAUUGGAACGAUGCGACGAAAUUUUCAACUGCUAUGCACUUUCUUCGCGAACUUAUCCAAACCCGAGUGUUAG